CCUGGGUAAUGAAAAGAGCGUGCGUUGCUCUGUGCGGAGGAGAAACUGCAGCUGCUCGAGAGAGAAAUCGGGACAAGAUCACCAAGAAACUUGAAAAAUGAGACCUAAAGUGAAAUAUUCAACUUCCAAAAUUUCCUCGGCCAAGCUGAACAACGCAACAGGCAAAACCCUGGUAAAAAUUCACAAGCUACCAAAAUACCAACAGAAAACCAGAGAAAUUUGCCACAUCUACCAAAUGAAGCUCCGUUCUGGCCUCAUCAUAGGAAAGACCUGUUACUUUGAGAAAGAAUCCACCAAAAAGUAUCCACAAAAAUCACGUAGAAAGCAUGAAAAGGACGUCUCUGCUGCUGCUGUGAAGAACAGCCGGUCUGGUGCAGUCAGUGCGAGAGAGAUUUUACCUGUUACACAAUCUCAUGCCUCCCUGAGCACAUUCAAUGACCAAUCUGUUAGUUUCAAAGUUCUGAAGAACGGACGCUAUGUGAUCAACGUUGAAGAUUCUGGAAAGCUCCAAGAAAAUGACAAGAUGCUGCUACGUUACUAUGAGUCUUCAGAGUCCUCAAGUGAAUCAGGUGAUGGUGUGGAUGGUAAGUUGCUGAUGGUGGACAUGAGUCCUGUGAAAGACACAGACAUCAGGCUGCAUGCCAACAAGCAGAACCACUGUGUGAAGCUCGAAAAGUGUCAAGCUCCACUGCCGCCAGCGGUCUUUUUCGUCGUUCACCAAAAGGCCUCCGACUAUGUUUCGUUCGAAUGUAGGAAUCUGCCUGGGACAUACAUAGGAGUGAAAGAUAAUAAGCUGGCUCUGCUAGAAGGAGAGAAAAAUGACGAUGAAAAUAUCAUGUUUAAGCUUUCUAAAUAAGAAGCUUGUGGGUCCUGGGUUGAACGACUUAAUGUUACCACCAAAGAAAGGAUGAGAGAAAGCAAUAGACAUCUAAAGGAAUGGCUUAAAAUGCUGUGGAGUGUUGUCUUUUUAUAUAUGAAAAUUCUUUUCUUUUUCUGUACCACUAUGCAUUCAAUAAGAACAUGCAUAUAUAGCACAGGGCAUUGGUAAAGAAACUGAGAGACAUUCAGCCUUGGCUUCUACGUUUGUCUGCUCCGAGACCUGAACGAAUUCACACUUCCAGAUUUCUUCAGGCGAGCAAGCACCAUAGCUCAUGCUAGGCUUUAGACAAGGGUUCAUUUUAAAAGCCUUAAAAAGAAUACGUGGUUUCUCCCCUGUUCUAAACAGGAGGUUGAAAUCCUAGAGCAGCUAGCGGAGGACCAGCCACUGCACAGACUGACCACAACUCAAUUAGAACAGAACACCAAAUCUAUUGGCAGCUGCCCCCAGGGCAAGCCUCAGACCAGCUCUUUCUGUCAAGAAAUCUAGUGCUCCAAAUGCCUUCCUACCUAGACAGGUUAAGAUAAAUCUGUGAAAACGCAGGAUAACUAAAAAAAUAAAAUAAAAUAAAGAAAAAGAAAGCCAGUAUUUGUAAAGUGGAAUAAUGUUACCUCUACUUCUUUCCUUAGGGCAGGGGGUUGGGGAUAAGGUUUCUCUGUGUAGCCCUGGCUAUCCUGGAACUUGCUUUGUAGAUCAGGCUGGUCUCGAACUCACAGAGGUCCACCUGCUUCUGCCUCCCAAGUGCUGGGAUUAAAGGUGUGUGCCACCACCACCAAGCUCUCUGUUUCCUUUUGAAAAUUCUGAUAUCUUUUUAAGGUAACAGUUUAAGUUUAAGCAAGCCAAGCUUACAUUAAAAAAAAAGAACACAUUUUAGUUCCCAACUGUGGUUGAAAUCAUUGGCUAUCUUUACUAAACUUAAACUCUUCUGUGAGUACUGACCAGGCCAUGUAUUAGGGCAUCCAGGUAGGAUGGGACCUCACAGGGCAGUCAGAAGUCCUCCUACUAGGAAGACACCGAACUAACUUCACGUUCUCAGUAGCUGGCUGUAGCCUAUGUUUGCAGCACACUGUGUCCUUCGAUAGCUGGCUGUGGCCUAUGGUCUGUGGCACGCUGUGUCCUUCAAUAGCUGGCUGUGGCCUAUGUUUGCGACACGCUGUGUCUUUCAAUAACUGGCUGUGGCCUAUGGUCUGUGGCACGCUGUGUCCUUCUCACCUGUUUCCAAAGAGCUAUCACUAUGAAUGUGUGCAUCAACUUGGAGGGAAUUUCUCUAUGGCUUGCUUUUCUUACACACAAAUUCUUUCGUUGCUUGGGUUCACAGUAGCACUGUUCACUGGGGGAUAUGUUAGCUGAACUCUCUCCCUUUCUCUGGUCUUUUGACCAAUGUAUCUUUAACAUAUCUCCUACUCCCUAAACUUCAUUUUUGUUUUCUCUGACGCCUAUGUACUAACACUUUUAUUCUGCUGUUUUACUUUACACUCUAGAAUUUUAUAUAUACUGACUAGUUACAAAGUUGUUCACUAAACGUUUUUGUGUGUUUUACUGUUACUGAAGUAGUGAGAUUUAUAUUCAACCGUACAAUAAUGUUUUAAGAUACUAAAGGAAUAGCUGGAUUAUAUAGACAAUAGCAAUUUCUACUACAUUUUUAUUGGCUUAAAAUUUACAGUAAAUGCAAAAGAUAAUAACAGAAAGCAUACUUCUAAAAGUACAAACUUUUAAUUUCAAUUGAUGAAAGCUAUUAUAUAUAUUACCUGGUUGGAUGUAUGAAAAAAGAGGCUGGGGAUUGCUGUAUACGAUCAUACAAUUAUAGCAUGAUAUAACUGUUUCAUUCAUCUUUUUUACUGUUUUACUAUAGAGACAAAAGUGAAACCAGAAUCUAUGUCAUCUCCCUGGAAACCUCGAUGUUAACUAUAUGAAUUUGUACAAUAUACAUAAAAUAUUAAUUAAGUAGUCAAAUAUGUCCAUGACAUUGUUUAUAAUCUUGAAUAAACUAUUUA